GUGGCGCUCCUCCUCCAAGUGGGGCCGCGCCUCCAGGCAGAGGAGGGGCGGAAGGCGUGUCUGUGGCGCGCUCCCGGGGGUUGUUAGCUGGUUUGGGGCGGGCUCGGCCUGGUGGUUACCCGCCGCUUGUGAGCUGGUAUCCGAGUUUGCAGGUAGCGCUGAAAAAUGUAAGGGGACAGCUCUAAGUGUGGCUAAAGAGAGGUACUACUGUACUCUGCAGCUAUUAGGAAAACAAGAAAGGUGACAUAACUGACCACAGCUUUGCAGUCCUCAAAACAUGUUUGUGUGUCAAACAGUUUUCCAAAAUGCAGCAUAAAAUAUGAGUACGAGGAUUGGCCUCACUGCUAAGGAGUCUGCUUCAAGACCCAGGAGAACUCAUGUUUAUGGUUUGAGAAGUGCUGAUUUGUUUAGCAGUGCCCUCAUGAUAUCUAUUAUUACUCCUGAAUGCGGCAACUUCUGGAACUUGGAAUACUUCCCACAGCAAAGGAGGGAAAGCAGAGACUGAACAGCAGUGAGGAAGAAGAAAAGAAAAAAAAAAAAAACCAGGAGAAUGAGUUGGCUAGAAACAAGAGAAGGAUCUUCCAUCAGAGAGAUGAGGGAGGGCCCAUUAUGUUGAAUGCUGCUGUGAGACUGGUAUAACUAGUAUGACUUCCACAAGACAUGAAGGUACAGGCAGUGCUGUCUAUCAUCCUCAUUCUUGUACCAUCUCUAAGCGGAUUUCACGAUACAUUCCUUUUAGCUUCCCCUUAUCUUAUAACUGCUGAUGAAGAGAAAAUAGUCAUUGGGAGACUUGGUGAAGAUAUAAUUCUCCCUUGCUCAUUUGAAAGUGAGCCUGAAGUUGUAAUUCACUGGAAAAAUCAAGAUAACAAUGUUCACUCAUACUACAAAGGCAGUGACCAUUUGGAAGCGCAAGAUCACAGAUACACGAACAGGACAUCCCUCUUCCAUGGAGAAAUGCACAAAGGGAAUGCCUCUUUAUCUUUAAGAAGAUUAAGCCUUCUGGAUGAAGGAAUUUAUUUAUGCUAUGUGGGAACAACAUCUAGAACAUUCAUAAAUAAAGUGGUACUAAAGGUGGGAGCUUUCGUCACACCUGUGAUGAAAUAUGAAAAGAGGAACACAGAGAGCUUCUUAAUAUGCUGUGUGUCAAGUUAUCCUCAUCCACACAUCUCCUGGAAAACAGAGAACACAACCAUCUCUGAAAGCAAAAAGGGAGAAAUUGAAACUUUGGAUCCUCUUCAUGUUGACAGUAUGAUAAAUAUUACGGGAUCAAAUUUAUCUUAUGAAUGUGGUAUUGAAAACUCAUUACUGAACCAAACAUGGACAGGGAGAUGGACAAUGAAAGAUGACCUUCAUAAAAAGCAAAGUGAAGAUUUUUCACUUUCAUGUGAACUUAAAAACAGUAUUUUUUUACUGGAUCAAGACUUCAUAGUCACUUGGUCCAAAGUGGAAAGAGAGACCUCCUCUAUACUGGCUUACUUUCUGAGCUCCUCACAAAAUACAACCAUCUAUGAACCCCGAGUCUCCUGGAACAAAGAGCGAAUAAACCAGAGUGACUUUUUCUUGACUCUGAAGGAUCUUAGAGUUUCAGACAGUGGGGAAUACUUAUGCAAUAUUUCUUCAAGCAAAUACGCUUUACUUACCACCCAAAUACUGCAUGUAGUAGAACAGAGUCAAAGCAGAACCUGGAUAAUUACUCUGUCUUUGGUGAUUUUUGUUUUGCUGGCAAUUUGCAUAUUCUGUAUGUUUAAAAGAAACAACUGUUCCAGGAGAGAAAGGUCUUCUGUCUAUACUGAGAGGGCCAACACUGCUGAUGCAGAAGAAAGCAAGGCUUUUACAGAACACCCAGCCAGCAGUGGAAAGUAAGACAGAACUGUAUCAACCCAUGAUGAGACCCUUCAUAUCCAGUGACUUCGCUUCCCCCUUUCUCACUGCAAUUCCAGCGGUGGCUUGUCAUGGCCUAAUAAUUCUACCUUUGGCAAGACUUGCAACCAUUGAGUUUCCCACUACCAUAUUUCCUGUUCACGUCCCAACUAUUACUCACUGACUCCAUACCUACAUCAAGAUUAUGAAUGCCUGGCUGCCAGUUCCAACUAGAAAAGAACUGUUUUCAUUCAGUGGCACUCCUGCUGCAGUCAGUCCAGGAGGCCACACUGAGGUUCCCACCAAGAUCUUGGAAGAAAUGUAUCACUAAGUACUGAUUCAAAAUCUGAUCAGCUAAUGAUGGGUGAGAGAGCACACGGAAGCAGAAAUCACCUUAGUGAAAAGGCAAAAAAUCAGCGCACUUGAUAUGCUAAGGUAUUGUACUCAUUUUACAUGAAUCGUUAAUAUCAGCUUAACCAACUAGAUUUAAUAUGGUGAGUCUUAGGGACCCCAAAGUUUAAAAAUGUCAGUAUCUCCAAGAUUGCCUACAGCAAAGGGCCCUAUCAAUUCAAAAACUGACAUCUUGUGGGGGGUGGACUAUGCCUUCCAACACCAGGUUUACAUAGAUGAGUGACAUUAGCUAUGAAGAUAAUUUGACUCACUCUUCUGACUCAGUUGUCAUGUUGUUAAUCAGCUUUAUGAUAAAUUUAGAUUUCCACAUAAAUUUUUACACACAGGGAGAAUGGAUAACCCAGCUGACUUGAUGAUCUCUUCCCUUUAUUUUAAUCAAUUUAUAAGAAUGAAAAAGUCUUACCAGCAUUUUAGUGACUUAAGUUUUGAACCUAUAGUUUAUAGAAGGAAACCAACCCUGAAUUGUGCAUAAUGCUACCUGGCCUGGUUUUCUCUAAGUACUGACAUCACUAUAAAGAAAAACUUUAACUGUGAGGAGAAAAGGGUCACAACUGCUAUAUUCUUCUUACAAAAUGGAAAGAAUAAAGUCAACAAAUUGAGGAUGGCAGACAAGAAUGAACCUGGG